AUGCUGUUCGCCGGAUGCAACUUCCGGAACCCCAAGGGCUCGUUCGGCGGCUGGAGGUCCUUCUUCGGCGGCAGUCGCGACGCCGACAAGCAGAGUCUGGUGCAGAGCUCGCAAUCGGUUUUGCUGAUUGCGAGCUCUGGUCUGGUAUCCCCGGACGCCAACGAACGCAAUGGGCUGCUGGCUGACAAAGGCGACAAACCGGAAGGUGGGAAGCCAGUCAAAGUGACCAAGCGGUCGCUGCAGCCCAUCGGUGGUGCGGUAGGCAGCGACGACGACGAUGAAGAGGAAGACGUGUUAGACGUACAGCCACCCGAGAUCGUCUAG